UCUCAGUUCAGUGUGACGUCUUGGACCUCCAGGGAGGGACAGACCAGCGCAGAGCCCGGGACAGGGCGCGACGCGCGCCCGAGCGAGCAGGAGCAUCCACCAAAGCACGCGCAUCCGUAGCACCCAAGAGACGGAGCAAGGGCGCGAGCAUCCGUUGGCGGCAGGGGGCAGCGCCAAGCAUCCAUGGAUCAGCGCCAGGUGGUUAGCGAGAAUUAUGCCAAUCCCAUAACGUGCUUCUUCCAUGUGCUCUUCAAGGCGGCGGCGUUGGCCUUCUACAUCCUGUUCUCGCUCUUCGUGAAGAGCUUCGUCAUCAUCUUUGUGAUCACCGUGCUCCUCGCAGCACUCGACUUCUGGGUGGUGAAGAACGUGAGUGGCAGAAUUUUGGUUGGGCUGCGAUGGUGGAAUGAGAUUGACGACGAGGGAAACAGCGUGUGGAAGUUCGAGUGCCUCGACGGGGAGUCUCUCGCUCGGAUGAACAAAAAGGACUCGUGGCUGUUCUGGUGGACUCUUUACUUGACUGCUGCUGCAUGGAUCGUUCUCGGUAUAUUUUCACUCAUCAGACUUGAGGCUGAUUUCCUUCUUGUUGUUGGAGUUUGCUUGACUCUAAGCAUUGCAAACAUUGUUGGAUUCACGAAAUGCAACAAAGAUGCCAAGAAGAACAUCCAGGCUUUCGCUCAAAAUGCGCUGGCUUCCCGCGUCACAUCAUCGCUGCAAUCAGCAUUUGGAGUCAUCUGAAGUCCCACAUGGAGGCCCAAAUAUUACACACAACAGUGUACAAUUUGUCAAAAGGAUGAGUGUGCAUUGUAUGUUACUGCUUUCCUCGGAUCGCAAAGAUGUAAAACCGCCGGCAUACAGUUUUUUGACUCAUACAACAAAUAGGUCGAUUUUGAUCAAACACCAUCGGUUAAUGCA